AUGGCAUUCGUCCCCAUCGUCGGCCUACGGCCCGCCGCCGCCACCCGCCCGUUCGUCACCUCGUUCACGGGCACCGCCCUGACCGCCCCGGCUGUCACGCCGUCGCGCUUCGUCGCCCGUCUGGGCACGGUCGCCGGCAACUCCUCGUUGGACAAGCUCGGCCUGGAGCGCUUCCAGAAGGAGCGCUACGCCGUCCCCGAUCCCACGCGCCCCGUCGGUUUCUCUAUGGACUACGAGGUUAUCAUGCAGGGCACCUACCGCCAGAUCUUUGGAAACGCCUACAUCAUGGAGUCCGAGCGCGCAGAGAUGGCAAAGCUUGAGUCCGAGUUCCGCGACGGCCGUUACACCGUCAAGGAGUUUUGCCGCGUUCUGGCGAAGACCUACCAGUACCGCAGGCGCUUCUUUGACUCCCGCCCACUUUACGGCGCCAUCGAGCUCAACUUUAAGCACUUCCUUGGUCGUACUCCCGAUGGCCUUGAGGAGUACCGUCGCAAGUCCGCCGUCUAUGAUUCCGAGGGCUAUGAUGCCUUCAUUGAUGCCUUCUUUGAUGACGAUUAUGAGUUCGACCAGUACUAUGGAGAGUGGACAGUUCCUUUCUACCGCGGUCAUUUGACCUCCUCCAACCUCUCCAUGUGCGCUUUCACGCACAUGUUCCAGGUCGUCCGGGGCGCCUCCACGUCGGAUAAGUCCAACCCGUGCAUAAUGACCAACAGGAUUCCACUCAACCAGGCUGGCAUUCAAUCCAUCCCGCUUGCCGUCAUUGCCCCGGGCUCCGACGGCUGCACCUUCCAAAGCCCAGACGCCUCGGCAGGAUCUUGGCAAGGGGGAUUCUCCGGUGCCACCAUGGCCCGCAGUUACCACGGCACUCGUGUCUCGGGCGGCAAGAUGUUCCGCAUCGAGGUCGCGGACUACAGCCAAUCGGGAGCCACCAACGGUGGCGCAGGUGUAAGCCUGCGCUCGCGCAGCGGAAAGUUCUACAAGACUCGAAACAACAGUUUCAACGCGAGGCGGUCAGACUUCCGUGGCACCAACAAAGUUUAUUUGGUGCCGUUCAACGAGCUGUCGAAGACAUAUGUCUCUAUUCACAAGAACGGUGGCAAGAUCGCUAGCAUUACUCCCAUAACCGGUUAAGUUAGAGGCUUGUGUGUCAUUGUUGAGAGUAGCCACAUCGUCUUGAACGCGUGUGAAGGUGGCGGUGUGUCGUAAUAUCUUGUUCUUCGGGUGCGCUUUUAUCGUUUCGUUGGGGCUGACUACGAGACUGCUAGACUGCUAGUUAGUAGAGUGACCAAGUCGUGCGGUAAAUUAAAGAAGUCAAAAGCGAACCACAAAAGUCGCCCUGUGAUUGAAAA